AUGGCCACUCCCAUCGUUGUACCAACCCCUCUCCUCGCCCUCCCUGAGGGCUGGACUGCCGAGAAGGACAUCAAGACCGUCGGCAAGCUCAGCGGUGCCACCCAGCGCACCCUCGAGCCCGUCGGUCCCUACUUCCUGGCCCAUGCCCGCCGUGCCCGCCACAAGCGCACCUUCUCCGAGGAUGACCGCAUCCAGGCUCAAGAAAGGGCCAAGAAGGUCGAGAACGAUGAGGACAGCGAGAUCAGCGAGCCCGAGGAUCCUAUGAUGCUCGCCCGCGAUGCCAAGGACUGGAAGCAACAAGACCACUACAAGGUUCUCGGUCUCUCCAAGUACCGCUGGAAGGCUACCGAGGAGCAGAUCAAGCGUGCCCACCGCAAGAAGGUCCUCAAGCACCACCCCGAUAAGAAGGCCGCCGCCGGUCGCACCGACGACGACAACUUCUUCAAGUGCAUCCAGAAGGCCACCGAGGUUCUUCUCGACCCCAUCAAGCGCCGCCAGUUCGACUCCGUCGACGAGGAGGCCGAUGUCGAGCCCCCCACCAAGAAGCAGCUGCAGAAGGGCAACUUCUACAAGCUCUGGGGCAACGUCUUCAAGUCUGAGGCCCGCUUCAGCAAGAUCCACCCCGUUCCCAUGCUUGGUGACGACAAGUCCACCAGGGAAGAGGUCGAGAACUUCUACAACUUCUGGUACAGCUUCGACUCCUGGAGGUCGUUCGAGUACCUCGACGAGGAUGUUCCCGAUGACAACGAAAACCGUGACCAAAAGCGCCACACCGAGCGCAAGAACGCCAACGCCCGCAAGAAGAAGAAGGCUGAGGACAACGCCCGUCUCCGCAAGCUUCUCGACGACUGCUCUGCUGGUGACGAGCGCAUCAAGCGUUUCCGCCAGGAGGCCAAUGCCGCCAAGAACAAGAAGCGUCUCGAGAGGGAGGCUGCUGAGAAGAAGGCUGCUGAGGAUGCUAAGGCUGCCAAGGAGGCUGCUGAGAAGGCGGCUAAGGAGGCCGAGGAGAAAGCCAAGGCUGACCGUGAGGCCAACAAGAAGGCCAAGGAAGCGGCCAAGAACGCCGUCAAGAAGAACAAGCGCGUUCUCCGUGGCUCAGUCAAGGACGCCAACUACUUUGCCGAGGGUGAUGCUUCUCCUGCCACUAUCGAUGCCGUCCUCGGUGACGUCGAGCUCAUCCAGGGCAAGAUUGAGCCUGAGGAGAUUGCCGCUCUUGCUAGCAAGCUCAACGGCCUGAAGGUUGCUGAUGAGAUCAAGAGUGUCUGGAAGGCCGAGGCCGAGAGGCUCAUCGGUGCUGGCAAGAUCAAGGAGGGCGAGAUCAAGGCUUUCACUGCCUAG